CAAUAACCACUACCAUAUCACCAAAAAAACAUUCAAUAUUUCUAAUUCAUAUUCUCUCUCUUAUUCCAACUUAAGUUUUUCAACAACUACCACUAUGCCACAGCUGGAUUUUGAAACGCUAGUUUCCGCGCUCUCCGGUGUUUCCACCGACCGGAAAAUAGCAUGCGAACCAACCGAAGAAUCGGAGGUUCAUCAUCAUCCCGACUCGCCGCCGGAAUCAUUUUGGCUCUCCAACGAUGCAGAGUACGACUGGUGGGACAGAAACGCAAUCUACGAACGAAACGAAUCAACCAAAGGAAGCUCAAUUUCCACAAACCUAAACCCUAAUUCAGCUUCCAAUUCUCAACGAUUCUCUAAGAACGUGAAAAAGUCCAAAGCCACAAUGAUCGGUUUGCCAAAAUCACAAAAAACUUCGUUUGCUGAAGCAAAGUGCUGCCGCCGUAAUCACCGGCAGGGAAACGCUAGGUUGUUUCCGAAACGGAGUGCGUCAAUCGGAGGAAAAUCCGAUUGCGGCGUGAUCGAACCUUCGUCUCCGAAGGUUUCUUGCAUAGGUAGAGUGAGAUCGAAGCGUGACCGGAAUCGUAGGUUGAGAACUCGUCAGAGAUCGAUCUCCUCCACAACCUCCGGCUUCUCCGCCGCCGUCGUUAGACAAAAAUCUAUCCGUAGUCAAAGAAAGAAAACCGGUUUCUUUGAAAGCGUUCGCGCGAUUUUCCGAAGCCACCGGAGAGGAAAAUCGGUUCAAAACACCGAACUUCCACGGGAUUCUUCGUCGACGAAGAAGAGGAGCAAUGGGAGAAAAGAGCGGGGUGAAAGUACGGCGAGUCGAAGCGAAUCGGUUUACAGUGAACCGGCCGGUUUGGGUUCAAUGAACCGGUUCGUGUCUGGGAGGCGGUCCGAGUCAUGGGGAGUAGGUGAGUCUGAAAUCAAAUAAUGCCAAUAGGAUUUGUUUUCAUGCCGUGUGAAACCAGUUGAUGACACGUGUGGGGCCCGAAUUUUGAAUAGUUGUUAGAAGGAUGAUGACGUGGCGCGUAGAAUAACUGUUUUGUAACUACUGUAUCUCACUACUCUACUAUAUUACUUGCUUGUAUUGGGUAGAUAAAUGUAGUAGUCUUGAAGCGUGUUUGAAUUUGCUAUUUUUGGUUUUGAACUUAUCUGUUGUAACUUGACGGCAUCGCUUUUGUAAAUAUGGUAAAAGUUUUAUUUGGUGCAUUUAAUAUGUUUUUAAUAUCAAAUUAAUGGUUAAUAA